AUGUCAGGACGGUACAAAUCCCCCCAAAUGUCAGGACUGUAUAAAUCCCCCCAAAUGUCAGGACAGUACAAAUUCCCCCCAAAUGACAGGACAGUACAAAUCUCCCCAAAUGUCAGGACAGUACAAAUUCCCCCCAAAUGUCAGGACAGUACAAAUCCCCCCCAAAUGUCAGGAUGGUACAAAUACCCCCAAAUGUCAGGACAGUACAAAUCCCCCCAAAUGUCAGGACGGUACAAAUCCCCCCCCACAUGUCAUAACGGUACAAAUACUCCCCAAAUGUUAGGACAGUACAUAUCCCCCCAAAUGUCAGGACGGUACAAAGCCCCCCCAAAUGUCAGAACAGUAUAAAUCCCCC